AUGGGUUUACUUACUGAGGGAAGUCCAUUGACUUGGGAAGAAACCAAAGCCUUAGCAGAACAUGUCCGGCAACACGGCGUAGAACAAUUUAUAAAUUUGUAUAAAAAGCUAAGGGACCGAACCGGUGAUGUGCUCAAAUGGGGCGAUGAAGUUGAAUACAUUAUAGUGAAAUUUGAUGAUGAAAAUAAACGAGCUACAGUCAGUCUAAGAGCUGUUGAAUUACUUCCUGAACUACAAAAGAAAGAACUUGAAGAUCCUGAAAAUGCCAAGUCUCUUUGGCGUCCAGAAUAUGGAGCAUAUAUGAUAGAAGGAACUCCAGGGAAACCAUAUGGAGGACUUCUAGCACAUUUCAACAUAGUGGAGGCAAAUAUGAAGUUUCGCAGAGCUGAAGCAAGUACUUUAUUGAAAGACGGAGAAGUUAUUAUGAGUAUUACUAAUUUUCCAAGAUUAGGCUGUCCAGGGUUCACAAGUCCACCAUACACACCAACACCAAACAGUGGUGUAUCUAUGUCUCGCUUCUUCCCUGACGAAGCAAUAUUUCCUGGUCAUCCUCGUUUUAAGACAUUGACUUCGAACAUAAGAGAGAGACGGGGCGAAAAGAUGGAAAUCAAUUUACCUAUAUACCGCGAUGUAAAUACCAAGAUACCUGUAGAUAAUUGCCACGAGCUUGAUAAGGGAUUGGCGAAGCCUGACUGCGUCUACAUGGAUGCGAUGGGCAUGGGUAUGGGAUGCUGUUGUCUUCAGUUGACGUUUCAGGCGUGUUGUAUUACUGAAGCGAGGACGUUAUAUGAUCAGCUGGCACCGCUGUGUCCAAUAAUGUUGGCCUUAUCAGCCGCCUCGCCGGUCUACCGCGGAUUUCUCACAGAUGUCGAUUGUCGUUGGAACGUGAUCUCUGGGUCAGUGGACUGUCGCACGCGGGAAGAGCGUGGCCUCGAACCGUUGAAGAACAACAAAUUUCGCAUACAGAAAUCAAGAUAUGAUUCAAUCGACUCUUAUCUAUCGGCUGAGCAUGAAAAAUACAAUGAUAUACAAUUAGUUCACGAUCCGAAGAUUUACCGUCGUCUCCGUGAGGGUGGGAUUGAUCAUCCAUUAGCAAUGCACGUGGCGCAUCUCUUCAUACGAGAUUCGGUUUCAUUAUUCACCGAAAAGGUUAAUCAGGAUGAUGAAAAUGACACUGAUCACUUUGAGAACAUCCAAUCAACCAAUUGGCAGACCAUGCGCUUUAAGCCACCCCCACCCAACUCCCGUAUUGGAUGGAGAGUGGAAUUCCGUCCUUGCGAAGCUCAGCUGACAGAUUUUGAGAAUGCGGCUUACGUCUGCUUUGUAGUACUGUUGACAAGGGUCAUACUGUCCUAUAGACUCAACUUUGUGAUGCCUAUUAGUAAGGUGGAUGAGAACAUGCAACGCGCGCAACGACGUGGCGCGUGUACGCAACAGAAGUUUUGGUUCCGUCGGGACGUGCGCUCGCCCGACGUGGACGCGUACGCUGAGAUGACAAUCGAUGAGAUUGUUAAUGGAAAGGAUGGCGUAUUCCCUGGUCUGAUUCCGUUAAUCGAGUCUUACCUCUCCGGUAUGGAUGUGGACGCAGACACACACUGUUCAGUACAGCAAUACCUGAAGCUCAUACAACGGAGGGCGUCUGGUGAAAUUUCAACUAUGGCCACCUGGAUCAGACAGUUUGUCACUUCACACCCGGAAUACAAAAAAGACUCGGUGGUGACGGAGAAAAUAAAUUAUGACCUUUUAAAAACUGCCCACGGAAUCCAAACUGGAACAAUCCCGGCGCCAUCAUUACUUGGAGGAAGCAAUGUUUCCAAAACCAAUGACGACAUUCCUACAGCAUUCAAAGACUGUCCUUAG